AUGCCCGCCGUCCCCGCUGGUACGAACGACGGCACCCCCAUGAACAUUGACGUCCCCCGUCCCGCACCGCCCCAGUACAACGCUCGCCACGGCACUCGCUGGGAAAAAGAGAAGGCCGCCGCUGGCAAGGGCGCUUUUGAGUACCCGAACGACGCCAAGUUCGUCGGUCCCUGGGUUAUCGGCGAGACCGUCGGCAAGGGCGCCAGCGGUCACGUCAAGAUCGCCAAGCACCGCAAGACUGGCGAGCUUGCCGCUGUCAAGAUCCUCCCGCUUGACUUUGUCUUUGGCUCGCAUCUCUCGCUCGACACGCGUGCAGCCAAGUCUGACAAGCAGAAGCUCGGUAUCGACCGCGAGAUCAUCAUGAUGAAGCUCAUGAACCAUCCUAACAUCUUGCGCAUCUACGACGUCUAUGAGGCUGAGACCGAGCUCUACAUCGUUCUCGAGUACGUUCCUGGCGGCGAGCUCUUCGACUUCCUUGUCAACCGCGGCAAGCUUGCUCCGCUCGAGGCGCUGGCGUACUUCAAGCAGAUCAUCUAUGGUCUCAGCUACGCGCACGCCUUCUCGAUCAUCCAUCGCGACUUGAAGCCUGAGAACAUCCUCAUCGCUUCUCUCAACCCCCCGUUGGUCAAGAUCGCUGACUGGGGUAUGGCGACCUUCGCUCCGCCUGCGCUUGAGCUUGAGACGAGCUGCGGUAGCCCUCACUACGCCAGCCCAGAAGUCGUCAACGGGCAUAAGUACGAAGGCAACGCGACGGACAUCUGGAGCUGCGGCGUUAUCCUCUUUGCGCUUCUCACUGGUCGUCUUCCCUUCGACGACAAGGAUGUCCGCACGCUUCUGAGCAAGGUGAAGCGUGGUCGGUACGAGAUCCCGGCGUACGUCGACCCGCUGGCUAGGGAUCUGUUGACGCGUCUUCUCGUCGUCGAUGUGAACAGGCGUAUCACGAUCCCAGAGAUCCUAGCCCACCCUUGGUUUUCUCAGGCUACGCCGCAGAUCCUCUACGUUCCCGCGCCGUCCAUCGAGGAGCUCGCCCGUCCCGUCGCUUCUGUUCAGCACAUUCUUCGCGAUGUCUUCGACUCCUUGUGCGUGAUCAUGGGCCAGGCCGCCGUUCCAGCCGCAGUCAAGCAGGAUCUUCUAAGCCCGCCGGGUGAGGGUGUUCUCGCCAAGGCCUUCUACUUCCUUCUCUGCAAGCACCGCGAGACCGCACUUGAGGAGCACAGCUCCUUCAUGUCGCACGGACUGCCGGAGGCUCCUCCGGUCAAGGCCAUUACGCGCUUAUACAUGUCGCCUCUGUCACGGAAGAACCGCCCUCUCAGCCUGGACUCUUCGACUGCGGAGCCACCGACGCUGCUGCAGAUACCCGAGCUUGAGCGUGGAUUGUCUGCGCCCGCCCGCGUUGAGCAGACAUCGCCGAUCGAGCCGUUCAGCCCGAUGACGCCCCGCGCGCGCCCGCAAUCACCUCGCGUUGCUCGCAUGCGCCCCAUGUCGAUUCCCGUCACAAGCCAGCAGUCGACGUUGCCCUUCGCAGUUCCUCCGACGGCCCCCGGAUCGGCUGUGAACUUCAACUAUGCGCCUAUGGACGUCGACGAGCCUCCCGCCGGCUCGCGCACAUCCCGCCGCCACUCGCGCAAUGACCCGCGCACUCCGCCACGCACCGGCCACGCACGCAGCGCCCAGCCAAUGUCCGCACCGUCGAACCGCACGAGCUUCAUGCCGCCCCAUGCGCCGCCUCCACAGUAUGCUGCAAGCGCUCCGGCGCCUAUGACUGCCCCGCGUGUACUCUCUCACGUUGAACAUGCACGGGCUCAGGUCGCUGCGCGUGCCCAGGCUCAGGCUCAGGCGCAACGGGCGGCAGCGGCGACCUCUGGCCGGGGAUACGAGGAUGAUGAGGAAGUCUUCGGGCGCGACCACAAGCGCUCGCGGCAGUCUUCGUAUGUCACGAGCGAGGGGCCCGCUGGUCUCGGUCUUGACCAGACGCUCACGUCGGACCUCGAUACGCGCGCGGACAGGAUCGUUACACGCUCGAUGGGGCAGAAGGACGCGCGCAAGUCGAAGAGUACGUUUGGAUUUGAUGUUGACUUCUCGUUGUGGUAUGCUGAUGGAAACGCUUUAGCGCCGACUAUGGAUUCCAUGACCUCGCCCCCGCCUCCGCCGCUCUCGACUGCGAAGAGCUCGAUCUUGCAGUCGCCGCCUCUGGGAGAAGUCAAAGGCUGGUUCUCGAACCUCUUCCACUGGAAAGCGCACGCGUACGCUCUUCCGUCCGCCGCACCGCCGAGCACCUCCCGCGACGAGGUUGCGCGUCUGUUGACUUGGUUCGGCGCGGAAGUUCUCCCCGCCAACGAAGGCGACAUGGACCCUUCGACGUUGCAGUGCUCCGUCCCGGACACGUACGACCCGCGCACUGGUGCGCUCCUUAGCAAAGCCGUGCGGUUCCGCGUGGAGAUGAUGGGCCCGCAGAGGCGCGGAGCGUCGUGCACGGUUGCGCUUGUGCAUGAGAAGGGCGCGGAGAGGACGCUGAGGGCGUUGUUCCAGCGCGUGAGGGACGAGUGGAGGCUCGGUCCUGGGGCGCAGACGCCUGGUACGCCUGCGGGCGAGUUUGGGAAGUUCGAGUUUAUUACUAGGGAGGAUCUGGUUGAGCUUGACGGUUGA